UUUAAAAAAAAACUAUGAUAACAAACAUGGCGUGUUCGUAGAGCGUCUUUGAAAUCUGUUUACAAAUUUACUUUUUUUUACAUUUAGUAGCCGCUUCUUUGUAAUAUGCGGUUAUCUACAAACGGACGAAGACUCGAUGUCGCACGUGAUAGGAGGGGCCGGUGCGGCGGCGCUCGGCGGUAGAGGUCGAGGCGGGUGAUAUGCAAGCGGCGCCGGCGCGCUACGUGUCCGCGAGCGAGCUGUAUUCGACCGACGAAGUGGAGUUGCUGUUGGAGGAAAUCCGGGAGCUGGAGCCCACGAGCUGCCGCGGCGAAGACGUGCAGGACUUCGAGAUCGCGGGCAGCGGGUGUGCGGGCGCGGGCGGCCGCUCGCCCGCCGGCACCGAGCUCACGGAUCGCUCGUGGGAUUCGCACGCACAUUAUUCGCGCGCGCCGCCGCCGCGCCCGCGAGCACUCGCCCCCGUGUACUGCCAUCUGUCUUACCUCUGCACGGCCAAUGGUGCCCUGACUCUUAUACUUGUUUUGUGUUCCUUUACUGUGUGUGUGUGUCUGUGGGGUGCUCUGGGACUACGGUUGGUGUCCUCUGCUAAGCCACUUCUGUUUGGAGCCCUAACAACCUUCAUGCUCCAAACACUGCGCCUCCUCAUGCAUAUAUCACUCCUAGAUGCCUUGCUGCCCGUGGAUUGGAAUAGAAUAGGCGGGGUAUCCUUCACAUGGAGUGCGUGUUGGUUGCUGGGUGGUUCGCUGGCCUUGCUGCUGGCUCUCACCCCACCCGCGUCCGUCUCGGUCACCGCCAACAUGCUGUACACCGCCGCUGGUGUAGGUCUGAACGCUGGCUGCGUGUCGCUGGGCGGGGUGGCCGUGGCGCUCCGGGCGGGGUGCCUGCGGAGGGGAGCGCGCGGCGGGCGGAGGUGGAGCGGGCGGUCGGGGUCGUCGUCGCGGGCGGCGUACCGCGCCGUGCCUCCCCCGCCUCCCCCGUCGCAGCCGCAGCCGUCCACGUCGCGCGACCGGCCCUUAUAGUGACCGCCCUCCUCCACCGACUUCUAGACGCCGCUCCCAGAGUGACUCGCCGGUGGAGCGAAGGCCUCGCCCCCUCUCUACACCUGUAGCGACGGAGCCCACAUUUUCUAUGAAUCCAUGAACACUUUGAAACAUUAUUUUUCUAGUUGGACCCUUAGGCUAGUGACGUGAGCCACUCUGAGGCGGCGGUGUGCGUUUGUUCUCUCACAUGAUAGAUACUUUGUACCCUGUCCCUGCCCCCGGGGCCGUGUCUCGUGGCACGUGUGCCUCUCUCUGAAUUUAUGUAUUUAUUAAGCGGCACAAACCCUGUCUUCUAUGAGUGUAGUAUUCCACUCGCCAGUAUGUCUCGAUGGACGAGGCGUUCUGUGAGAGUACGCGACGCUUUGAAUGAUGUCGGUGAUGAAUCAACUGUAUUUUUUAAAGAUUUAGUACUGUACGUGUAGGGGUGCUCGGUUUGUAGGACCACUGAGAGUUAUUUCUGUAGUUGGUGGUAUGUGAUACGAGGGGAGGGAGUCGUGGGUUGAGUUAGUGUGUAUACUACGGAGAUGUCUAAUACUGCCACUAGAGUUUGUGAAGCACGUCCAUUUGUUAACUAGUCGGGGAGGUGAGCUAGUUAGUGUGAGCCGCGACCCGUGCCUCUGAUAUCCUUUGUGAUUCCAACUUUACAAGUGUCCUGUCUUUAUACACUCUUGUAAGUCUACAGACUCUAGUAUCUUUGUACAUAGUCUCUGGUUCGGUUUGUUUUUAAGCAGUGUCCCGCUCCCCGUGACUCGGCCAGGCUGUCCGGCCUGGAGUUCCUUUUCUGUAAUGGCAUUUUAUUUAACACAAGUCUGAUUUCGAUGCUAGUCCGUUUAGUGUUAAGUCUUUUAUAUUAUUGAAGCGAAUUUCCUUUGUAGUUUGUGCACAAAUUUUAGAUUACUGUCCAAGUUUGUCUGCAAGUUUAUUUUAGCUUUUGCUGUUAUUCUAUCAAUGUUACGAACGCCCCCGUCAAGUAAGUUUUUAAUAUUAUUAUUGUAUACAUUUUGAAGUGUGGAUAUAUCCAAAGGGUAACUUGUAUUAUAAUGGAAGGUUUACUGUGUUAAGAGUUCAGUAGUCAAGUGAUUUAUAACAUGUACUUUGUAAUCUGUGACCAUUUGUACUUUAUGAUGAGUCAACACUAUACUUGGACCAACUUUGUCUUAUAUCGUUAGUUUCCCGGACGUCUUUAACCUCCGCGACGCAGAUGACUUGCAUGUUAUUUUUAUCUCACAGACAGUUGGGGACUUUUCCGCGUUGAGUUCGUUUGGCUUAGUGUUGGCUCAUAUGAUAUCGGUGUAUUGUAUGAAAUAUUUAUUUAACAUUGCUUUUAAUGGAUCAGAUAGUUUGCAUGACGUUGUUUUAAGUCAUAGUUAGCACUGAGGGGAUUUCAAGAGAAUACCGAAUAAGUAUUGUUAUAGGAUGUAAUUUUAUACUGUCUAAUGUAUCAUACUCGCGCUAUGAGCUUAGGAUCUCUGUACUAGUGUUCAGUUUGUACCACAGGAACAGGAAAGUGACCAUAGACGAACGGAAUUAUUCACAAUUAUUGAACAUUUUUUUAUUACUUUGCAACUUAUAUAGAAACUUACUAAAACUAAAUAUACAUAACUAUAACAUACAUAACUUUUGUACAAAAAUUUUAUACCCCCCGCUGCAUCUUCACACCGUGACAUUGAAACUGAUUAUGUAUCGCUCAUAUUACAAAUUUUAUUCUGUAAUAUUAGAAUUAUUGUUGAACAUGAACUGAGAUGUCCCUUCAGUAAACUAGAAUGUUUGAGAACCGUCGUGGCAUCCUGUGGCAUCCCGCGGCAUCCCGCUGGCGGUCUCCCUCGUCCGCUGCGGGUGUGGAGGUGCCGGAGGACAUUUCUUUCUUUGUGUAAUAUACAUAUCACCAAAGGUUAUUUGAUUCCUUAACUUUAUUGCACCGUAUCAUGUAAGUGAAAGUUUGUUGUCUUUAAGUGUUACUUUAGCAUUAUUCUCACAACAUCCGCGGACACACUUGUUAUUGAACACUCAAGUUUAAGCCAACAUUGCAUUUAUAUGCGGCCCGUACGUUUUAAAUGAUUUUUAAAGAUAUAUUUCCGUCACAAACGUUAAGUGAGACGUUACAAGAGGCGUCUGUAACAGCAGAAUACGUUUGCCAACAUCUCGAGUACAGUAAUCUGUGGGGCCGUUGUGAUCUGUGUAUGUUUAUGUGCAAGUCAGCUUUGUGUGUCACAUGUUUAUUUACAAGAAGGAUGUGAUGAUUCCGUAAUGAAUGAUCUCCAUUAAAUUUGUGCGAGUAAAUUUUACUUUUAAAUUUUAACGAUAAUACAUAUAUGGUUUUAUACAA